UCGGACCAGGCGCCUGUCCCGCCUCCUCGUCCCUCGCCGCGUCCGCGAAGCCCCGAGCGGGCGGGAGCCGGGUGCUCGCUCACCAUGUCGGUCGCGCUCAGCAACAGGUUCCAAGGAGGGAAGGCGUUCGGCUUGCUCAAAGCCCGGCAGGAGAGGAGGCUGGCCGAGAUCAACCGGGAGUUUCUCUGUGACCAGAAGUACAGUGAUGAAGAGAACCUGCCAGAAAAGCUCGCAGCCUUCAAAGACAAGUACAUGGAGUUUGACCUGAACAAUGAAGGCGAGAUUGACCUGAUGUCAUUAAAGAGGAUGAUGGAGAAACUUGGAGUCCCGAAGACCCACCUAGAGAUGAAGAAAAUGAUCUCAGAGGUGACAGGUGGGGUCAGCGACACCAUCUCCUACCGAGACUUUGUGAAUAUGAUGCUGGGAAAACGGUCGGCUGUGCUGAAGCUAGUCAUGAUGUUUGAAGGAAAAGCCAACGAAAGCAACCCCAAGCCAGUUGGCCCCCCUCCAGAGAGAGACAUUGCUAGCCUGCCCUGAAGACCUCUGCCUGGACCUCCCUGGCCUCCCCACCCCUGCUCCUCCCUCCUGAUCUGCCCUUCCUGACUCAUUGCGAUUUGUCUUGUUUGUUUGGUUGUUGUGGGUUUGUUUUUCUCAUCGGCAGAAUCAGUGAUCUCUUUGUAAAGCACAAAUUAUCUGCCUUAAAAGGGGUCUGGGUCAGGGGACCCCGAGCCUUGGGUCCCCCCCCCCUCUUCUUCCCUCCUUCCCCUAUCUUUGUGCAGAAGGGCUGACAUCAAACCAAAAACCAGAGGGGGCAGGGCCGGGGCUGGAAGCCUGUGUUCCCUAUGCUUGCAGCUGGCACUGUCCGUCCUUCCAGGUCUCUGAGCUAAGUUCAGGCUUAUUGGCCUGGCCCUGGUGAGAACCCCAGUCUGCUUUCAGAAGACCUUGGAGUAGGGACAAGUCUUCAGGAUUUUCCCAGACAGCUCUGUGGUUUCAGUGCUGUUGGGUUGUACAGGACACAGCCACUCAGUGCCCCAUUGCCGUAGCUGACCCCCCUCAGUCCACUCCUCUUCUCAUCCACAAUGAUGUGACAGCAGGCGGGACGGAUAGGAGCUUGCCAAUUUGAGCCCUUCAAGAAGGUAGCAGAAGGAGCCCUGUGGUCCUGCUCCCUGGCCACACCUUUACAAGCAGCUCAGAUGGAGGGCAGCCUCACUAUCCCUCGCUGGGGCAGCAAAGGGCUUCAGAUAUAGAGAUGAGGCCAGGGCCUUGUAGGAGGGUUGGCUCAGUGCAUUCCCACCUUUUGGGCAAAAGGAUGGGAGAAUGGGGGGUAAAAUGUUCAUGGCAAAAAGCACUACUGUUAAGCCAAGUGCUGAGAAAUAGGAGGUUGCCUUUCUGAUCCCAGUCUGCUUGAAACCUGGUUUUGCUUCCCUCCUUUACCUUCCUAACCUACUCAUACCACUCAUUCAUUUAUUCAUCCACUCAUUCAUUCAACAGAUAUUUAUUGACCACCUAUUAUAAGCUUUAAGUCUUCCCACUUUGUCCUGACACGUGCUGUGUCCACUGUCUCUCGGACUCAUCUCUCCCUUUCCAAAUCGCUCAAAACCUUGAGCUUGGGGAUUAGAUUGGAGUCACCUGCAUCCUUUCCGAUGGACUCAGGAUUUUAGAGGCCUGUAGGUUAGCUAGGCCAGUCCUCUGAUUUCACUGGUGAGGAAGCUGUUGUGGCCCACGGUGAUGAAGUGCCUUGCCCAAGGUCAAGGUGUUAAUCUGAAGAUGGCAGAACCUGAACUGAAACCCUGCCAGUGUUCAGGUACCCUGCCAGUGCCUCAUCUCUGCUCUGGGCUGCCUUAGUCAGUGAUGAAAAGAGGGAAGGGGCGGGGAGGGGUAAUCUGCUUGGUCAACACUACGGGAAGGCUUCACUCACUCUAGAGGCUGGGACUUGUGCUCCCCGGUGACUCCAAGCGUAGGGUAUAGGUUAGGCCCAGGCCUGGCUCUGCAGUUCUGCCUCCCCCGCAGCUUCUUGGCUGAGCCUCAAAGAACCGCUUCUCAGGACUCUCUCAGGAAGAUGUCCAACUCAGCCCCAUCUUGGCUGAGCAGACUGCACCUGUGUUCUGGCGUCCCUUUCCCUGCCUGCUCAGGACUUCGAUGCAUUUACUUGCUGAACAUUCUUGUUAAGCACCUGCCAUAGGCCAAGAAUUAAGAACCCAGUAGUGAAAUGGACAGACUCAUGGAAUUUAGAGUCUAAUGGGAAGUCAGACCCAGACAAUGACAGU